UGAGCUUCUUUUUUCCCAUUCUUCACUUGCACUUGGGUUUUUUUUCUCCUCAAAUCCCUCUCUCCUUUUUUUCUCUCUCUACUUUCAACUCUCACUCCCAACAAUCACUCCAAUUCCCUCAUUCCUCCCUUCAGGAAUUGGGGUUUUUCCUGAUUGAUUGCACGAUCAAUUUCGAUUGAUCCUCUCCCUCAAUCUCAAUCAAUCUCUUAUUCUCUGUGCGAUGCUCUGUCCGAGAUGAAGCUCAAGAGAAAGCGGGCACUUGAAGUGCCUCCGAAAAUUCGAUCUUUCAUUAAUUCUGUUACUUCAGUCCCAUUUGAGAAGAUAGAAGAACCUUUAAAAGGCUUCAUUUGGGAGUUUGAUAAGGGAGAUUUUCAUCACUGGGUUGAACUAUUUAACCAUUUUGAUUCAUUCUUUGAGAAGUACAUAAAACCCAGGAAGGAUCUACAGAUUGAUGAUGAAUUUUUGAACUCUGAUCCUCCCUUCCCUAGGGAAGCUGUUCUUCAAAUUCUUCGCGUCAUUAGAAUAUUUUGUUGAAACUACACUGAUAUUAUGGCUUAUUUUAAUUCGCAGCAACAUCUUUCAGCGUUGCUUGCUUCUACUGACCCUGACGUGGUUGAGGCUAGCCUUGACACAUUGGCUGCAUUUUUGAAGAAAACAGUUGGAAAGUACUCAAUAAGAGAUGCUUCUUUUAAUUCAAAAUUGUAUUCUCUUGCGCAAGGAUGGGGUGGAAAAGAAGAGGGACUUGGAUUAAUUGCAUCAGCAACUCCUAAUGGCUGUGAUCCUGAUCCUACUACGUUGGAACUGGGUUGUACUCUUCAUUUUGAGUUUUAUGCAGUAAAUGAAUCAGAAAGAGACAUCAAGGGAGCUGAAGCCUCUGCCCAAGGUUUGCAAAUUAUUCAUUUAUCUAACAUCAACAAAUGUGUGGAAAAUGAUCUGGAGCUUUUGCACAAGUUAGUUACAGAGUAUAACGUACCCGCUAGUUUAAGAUUUUCUUUAUUGACAAGAUUGCGGUUUGCUCGUGCUUUUGGUUCUUUGCCUUCAAGACAGCAACAUACUUGCAUUCGCCUGUAUGCUUUUAUAGUUCUGAUUCAAGCAUGUGCUGAUGCUGAUGACUUAGUCUCAUUCUUCAAUGCUGAGCCUGGAUUUAUCAAUGAAUUAGUAUCAUUGCUGAGCUAUGAGGAUGCAGUUUUGGAGAAAAUUCGUAUUUUAUGUUUGCACUCAUUAGCUGCUCUUUGCCAUGAUCGUUCCCGCCAACCUUCAGUGUUGACUGCAGUUACAUCUGGUGGGCACCGUGGCAUUUUAUCUAGCCUGAUGCAAAAAGCCAUCGAUUCUGUUAUUAGUGAUACCCCACGAUGGUCAGUUCAUUUUGCAGAAGCUCUACUCUCUCUUAUCACUGUGCUGGUUUCGUCAUCAUCAGGGUGCUCUGCCAUGCGUGAAGCAGGAUUUAUUCCUACUCUACUACCUCUCCUGAAAGAUACAAAUCCGCAGCACUUGCAUCUGGUUGAAAAAGCUGUGCGCAUUUUAGAAGCAUUUAUGGAUUACAGUAAUCCAGCUGCUGCAUUAUUCAGGGACCUGGGUGGUUUAGAUGACACCAUCUCUCGCCUAAAGAUUGAGGUCUCCUUUGUAGAAAAUGGUGGAAAGCAUCUUGAUGAAACUUCUGUUUCUAGCGGAAGGAGUGCACAAAUGGUUGAAGAUUCUUCAACUGGGCAAGAUGCUACACAACACUUGUGUUCUCAACCCUUAAUUUCUUAUCACCGUCGAUUGCUGAUGAAGGCCUUGUUGCGUGCUAUAUCUUUGGGAACGUAUGCUCCUGGGAAUACUGCCCGUAUCUAUGGAUCUGAAGAGAAUGUUCUGCCUCAUUGUUUAUCUAUUAUUUUCAGAAGAGCAAAAGAUUUUGGUGGUGGAGUUUUCUCGCUUGCAGCAACUGUCAUGAGUGACUUGAUACAAAAGGACCCUACCUGUUUUCCUGUCUUGGAUGCUGCUGGUCUUCCAUCUGCCUUCUUGGAUGCUAUUAUGGAUGAUGUUCUCAAUUCUGCAGAAGCUAUUACAUGCAUUCCCCAGUGUUUGGAUGCUUUAUGCCUUAAUAGUAAUGGUCUCCAGGCUGUGAAAGAUAGGAAUUCAUUGAGGUGUUUCGUGAAGGUGUUCACUUCUAGAAUGUAUUUGCGUGCUCUUACAGGUGACACACCUGCAUCUUUGUCUAGUGGACUGGAUGAAUUAAUGCGACAUGCUUCUUCAUUACGUGGACCGGGAGUGGACAUGUUAAUUGAGAUUCUGGAAACCAUCUCAAAAGUUGGUUCUGGAGCAGAUUCCUCAUCUUGUCCUGAUCCUUCCACUUCAACCUCAGUUCCUAUGGAAAUGGAUAGUGAUGACAAGAAUUUGUUAUUGCCUGAUAGUAAGGACUCAACCAAGGUGGAAAGGACAGAGCACUUUAGUGAGCCAUCUCCUGAUGCAUCAAUAACGAAUAUCGAGUCAUUUCUUCCAGAUUGUGUAAAUAAUGUUGCUCGCUUACUCGAGACAGUUCUUCAGAAUGCUGAUACAUGUCGAAUAUUUGUUGAGAAAAAGGGGAUUGAAGCUGUUCUCCAGUUAUUUACCUUGCCUUUAAUGCCUCCUUCUGUUUCUGUUGGGCAAAGCAUAUCUGUUGCCUUCAAGAACUUCUCCCCCCAGCAUUAUGUUUCUCUUGCUCGGGCUGUGUGCUCCUUCUUGAGAGAGCAUUUGAAAUCUACUAAUGAACUUUUAGAUUUGGUGGGAGGAACUCAGCUAGCUCUAGUUGAAUCUGCAAAGCAGACAAAGGUGUUGAAAUAUCUUUCUAGCCUUGAAGGUGUCUUAUCUCUUUCCGUAUUUUUGUUGAAGGGAACAACUACAGUGGUCUCUGAGCUAAGCACUUCGGAUGCUGAUGUAUUGACAGAUAUUGGGAAAACUUAUAAAGAAAUAAUUUGGCAAAUAUCUUUGUGUAAUGAUUCCAAAGAAGAUGAAAAGAAGAAUACUGAUCCGGAACCUGAGAUAUCACAGGUGGCUUCAUCUACUGCUGUUGAAAGAGAGAGUGAUGAUGAUGCAAAUAUUCAGACGCUGAGAUACACAAAUCCAGUUUUUGCUAGGAAUGGUUCACAUUCCCUGUGGAGUGGAGAUCGUGAUUUUCUUUCUGUAGUUCGUUCUGGAGACAGUUUGCAUCGUCGUAGUCGGCAUGGGUUAUCUCGUAUACGGGCAGGAAGGACUGGUCGUCACUUAGAAGCUCUAAAUAUCGAUUCUGAAGCAUCUUCUAGUGCACUUGAGGCACCUUCAUCCCAAGAUCUUAAAAAGAAAAGCCCUGAGGUUCUUGUUUUGGAGAUUCUUAAUAAGCUGGCUUCCACUUUGCGCUCUUUCUUCACUGCUCUUGUAAAAGGAUUCACUUCACCCAACCGGCGCAGAGCUGACUCAGGGUCGCUGACUUCAGCUUCAAAGACUCUUGGAGCAGUCCUAGCUAAGAAUUUUCAUGGGGCUCUUAGUUUUUCUGGGCACUCUACUUCUGCCGGACUUGAGACGUCACUUUCUGUAAAAUGUAGAUAUCUUGGGAAGGUCGUGGACGAUAUGGCGGCACUAACAUUUGACAGCAGGCGCCGGAGUUGUUAUACUGCCAUGGUAAACAAUUUUUAUGUCCAUGAGACAUUCAAAGAGUUACUCACAACAUUCGAAGCUACUAGUCAGUUACUUUGGACACUUCCAUGUCCUUUCCCAUCAUCAGAUACUGACAUGGAAAAGAAAGGGGAAGGAACUAAACUGUCCCAUAACACAUGGCUGCUUGAUACAUUACAAAGCUACUGCCGCUUGCUUGAGUAUUUUGUAAACUCUUCUUUACUGUUAUCCCCAACAUCAGCAUCUCAGGCAGAGCUUCUUGUUCUUCAGCCAGUUACUCAAAACCUGUCAAUUGGGCUCUUUCCAGUUCCUAGAGACCCAGAAGCUUUUGUUAGAAUGCUGCAAUCUCAGGUUCUGGAUGUGAUCCUACCAGUGUGGAAUCAUCCCAUGUUCUCCAAUUGUAGUCCUGGAUUUAUUGCGUCUAUUAUUUCACUUGUUACCCAUAUAUAUUCUGGUGUUGGAGAAGUGAAGCGAAACCGUAGCAACAUUAUGGGAAGCACAAACCACCGGUUUAUUCCCCCACCACCUGAUGAGGCAACUAUUGCCACUAUUGUUGAGAUGGGUUUUUCAAGAGCAAGGGCUGAGGAAGCACUAAGAAGAGUUGAAACAAAUAGUGUUGAAAUGGCCAUGGAGUGGCUAUUUAGUCAUGCAGAUGAUCCUGUCCAGGAAGAUGAUGAACUUGCACGGGCACUUGCCCUUUCCCUUGGAAGUAGUUCUGAAACUGCUAAAGUUGACAGUGCAGAGAAGACUACAGAUGUGCUAACUGAAGAGGGGUGUGUAAAGAAACCACCAGUUGAUGAUAUACUUGCUGCAUCAAUGAAGUUGUUUCAGAGUAGUGAUUCAGUGGCAUUUCAGUUGACAGAUUUACUUGUAACACUUUGCAGUCAGAACAAAGGCGAAGACCGUCCAAAAGUAAUAUCUUAUCUUCUGCAGCAGCUAAAAAUUUGUCCAUUGGACUUCUCCAAGGAUAACUGUGCAUUGAGUGUGUUAGCACAUAUUAUAGCAUUGCUUCUUUUUGAGGAUGGAAAUACAAGGGAAAUUGCAGCUGAGAAUGGCAUUAUAUCUACCAUCAUAAAUAUCUUGUCAAACUUCAACAGCACACACUUCACCAAAACUGGCUCCCUGCCUGAUUCAUCUGGUGACCAUGGUUCUCUGCAAAUUUCCGGUACAGCUGGGCAGAAGGAUAAUAACAUUAAUGUGAAUGAGAAAGAACCUGGCAUGGAUUUGGAGAAUAUACUGGGAAAAUCUACUGGCUUUGCAUCUAUUGAUGAGAGUCACAAGUUGCUGGAUAUAGCAUGUGACUUGAUAAAACUGCAUGUACCUGCUGUGGUUAUGCAGGCUGUUUUACAGUUAUGUGCUCGGUUAACCAAAACACAUGCUUUAGCUUCACAGUUCCUUGAAAAUGGAGGCCUGGCUGCACUUUUCAACCUUCCAAAGAAUUGCUUUUUUCCGGGGUAUGACGCUGUUGUAUCUGCUAUAGUACGUCACCUCCUUGAAGAUCCACAAACAUUGCAAACAGCUAUGGAAUUGGAGAUACGUCAAACGCUUAGUGGAAAUCGUCAUUCUGGGCGUGUUUCUCCUCGAUCAUUUUUGACAUCAUUGGCACCUGUUAUCUCUAGGGAUCCCGUGGUUUUCAUGAAAGCUGCAGCUGCAGUUUGUCAGUUAGAGACAUCAGCAGGGAGGGCAGUAGUUGUAUUAUCAAAAGAAAAAGAAAAGGAAAAAUCAAAAGCAUCAGGUGUGGAGGUUGGUUUAUCUUCAAAUGAAUGUGUCCGAAUUCCUGAAAGCAAGUCUCAAGAUGGAUCUGGUAAAUGUUUGAAGAGCCACAAAAAGGUUCCUGUUAAUCUCACUCAAGUAAUUGAUCAGCUUCUUGAGAUUGUGCUUAAGUACCCGCCCUUGAAAGGACAGGAAGAAUCUGAGUGUGGUUCAACUCUCAUGGAUAUAGAUGAACCUACCUUGAAGGUGAAGGGUAAAUCAAAGGUUGAAGAGACAGGGAUGUUAGAACCUGAUUCUGAAAAAUCUACAGGACUGGUGAAGGUGACUUUUGUGCUUAAGUUAUUGAGUGACAUUCUUUUAAUGUAUGGACAUGCAGUUGGUGUUAUACUGAGACGUGAUACUGAAAUGUGUCAAUUUCGUGGAUCCAAUCAGCCAGCUGGACAUUGUGGUAUUAUCCAUCAUGUUUUGCACCGUUUGUUACCCCUCUCUGUUGAAAAGUCUGCAGGUCCUGAUGAUUGGAGAGGUAAAUUGUCUGAAAAAGCUUCAUGGUUCCUGGUAGUCCUGUGUGGGCGGUCUGGUGAAGGGCGCAAGCGAGUAACAAAUGAACUUGUUAAAGAGCUGACAUCUUUCUCAAAUCUGGAAAGCAAUUCAAUCAAAAGCACCUUAUUGCCUGAUAAAAGGCUUUUUACUUUAGUUGAUCUUGUAUAUUCUAUUUUGUCCAAAAAUUCAUCAUCCGGUAGCCUACCUGGUUCUGGAUAUUCACCUGAAAUCGCAAAAAGCAUGAUAGAUGGUGGGAUCAUUCAGUGUCUAACUAGCAUCCUGCAAGUGGUUGAUUUAGAUCAUCCUGAAGCACCAAAAAUUGUGAAUCUUAUACUGAAAGGUUUAGAAGGCCUUACUCGGGCUGCUAAUGCUAGUGAACAAAUCUUUAAAUCUGAUGAGAAUGAGAAGAGAAGAUCUACUAGUCUAAAUGACAGACCUGAUGAUCAAGUAACAGCUCCCUCUGCUCCUGUAGCAGGAACACAUGAUCAGAAUGUGAGCAAUCAAGAAGCACUGAGAGAUGGAAUGGAUAAUGCACAACAUCAUAAUGAAACUUCUCAAGGUGAUGAUCAUGCUGAGGAUAAUACAAAUCAUACCGAGGAACAAGAUAUGAGAAGAGAAGAGGAGGAGACAAUGGCUCAAAACCCAUCAAUGGAUCUUGGAAUGGAAUUUAUGCGUGAAGAGAUGGGUGAGGGCGGUGUCUUGCACAAUCCGGAACAAAUUGAGAUGACUUUUCAUGUCGAGAAUAGGGCAGAUGAUGAUAUGGGUGAUGAAGAUGAUGAUAUGGGAGAUGAGGGUGACGAUGAUGAGGAUGAUGAUGAGGGAGAGGAUGAAGAUGAGGAUAUAGCUGAAGAUGGUGGGGGCAUGAUGUCCUUGGCGGAUACUGAUGUCGAGGAUCAUGAUGAUACUGGCUUGGGAGAUGAAUACAAUGAUGAGAUGAUUGAUGAAGAUGAUGAUGAUUUUCAUGAGAAUCGUGUAAUAGAAGUGAGGUGGAGGGAAGCUCUUGAUGGGUUGGAUCACUUGCAGAUACUUGGGCAACCGGAUGAUCUGUUCCGACUUCAAGGUUUUGAAAGGCGCCGGCAGACAGGUAGGUCUUCCUUUGAGAGAUCUGCUUCUGAAGUUAAUGGUUUUCAACAUCCUUUGCUUGUAAGGCCACCACCAUCUGGGGAUGUUCUCUCAAUGUGGUCAUCAGGUGGAAACUCUGCUUCCAGGGAUUCCGAAACUUUGUCAUCUGGCAACCUUGAUGUGGCCCACUUCUACAUGUUUGAUGCUCCUAUUCUUCCAUAUGAUCAUGUGCCAAGUAGUCUCUUUGGAGAUCGUCUGGGUGGUGCAGCACCUCCUCCCCUGACUGAUUAUUCUGUGGGUAUGGGCUCAUUGCACCUUCCUGGAAGAAGAGUCCUAGGUAAUGGUAGGUGGACUGAUGAUGGUCAGCCACAAGGAGGUGCUCAAGCAGCUGCCAUUGCUCAAGCAGUGGAGGAACAAUUCUUAGCUCAAUUGAGCAAUGCAGCUCCAACAAGCAGUCCUGUUGAACGACAGUUACAGAAUUCUGGAGAGCAAGAGAAGCAAUCUGACACUCUUCAGUCACAUGAUGGUCCAAUUUUGGGUGCAGGGACUGGUUCUACUUGUCAGCGGAUUGAAGGUCAGGAACAAGAGAAUGUUAAUGGAACCACUGUUCAGCAAGACAACGUUGCAGUUGGCAGUAUUCCUUUUGUGGAAGAGAUAAAUGCAGACUCUGGUAUUCGAGAUAUCAGUGAAAACCUGCAAGAAAAUGAGCCUAUGUCAGUGCAGCCACUUUCACUGAACAUCAUGCCAACUGAUGUUGAGUGCGCAGAAGCUGGAGGAAGUGUCACUGCUGGUGAGUGUGCAACCACAGAUCGAGCUUUUGUUGACUCAUCUAUAAAUUGUAAUGCUGAUGUACAAUGCGAAAGGGGUGCCGACAUACCUGCUAUGGACAAUAAUGUGCCAGAUGUGCCCAUGGGCUGCAAUGGGUCAUCUGUUGAUGGGAAUCCUGCUAAUAUUGAUCUAGUGGGUUCUGAUUUGGAGACACCUAAUCCAGGUAAUUGUCAUCUAUCAUCAAUUGAUGCUAGUGAUGAUGUUAAUAUGGAUGGUGUUGAUGCUGAGGGAAAUCAACCAGAGCAGCCAACUGUUUCUGAACAGGGGGGCGAUCAACCUUUAUCAACGCAAAACCCAGAGGUUGCCCCUAAUGCCACCCAGGCAGAUCAAACUAGUGCCAAUAAUGAAGCUUCUGGUGCUAAUACGAUUGAUCCUACCUUUUUGGAGGCUCUUCCUGAAGAUCUUCGAGCAGAGGUUCUUGCUUCACAGCAAGCUCAAUCUGUACAACCCCCAGCUUAUGCACCACCUUCUGCUGAUGAUAUUGAUCCCGAGUUUCUAGCUGCUCUUCCUCCUGAUAUUCAAGCAGAAGUUUUGGCCCAACAAAGAGCUCAGAGAGUUGCCCAACAGGCUGAAGGACAGCCAGUUGAUAUGGAUAAUGCAUCUAUAAUUGCCACUUGCGUUCUUUUAACUUCUUCCGAAGCAGUUUUGUCAGCACUGCCAUCUCCAUUGCUUGCUGAAGCUCAAAUAUUACGGGAUCGAGCAAUGAGCCAUUAUCAAGCUCGCAGCCUUUUUGGGGGCAGUCACAGGCUUAACAAUCGGAGAAAUGGGCUUGGAUUUGACCGGAGGCCUGUGAUGGAUAGGGGUGUUGGAGUUACUAUAGGGAGGAGAUCUGCUCUCACAGAUAACUUGAAGGUGAAGGAGAUUGAAGGUGAGCCAUUACUUGAUGCAAAUGCUUUGAAAGCUCUGAUCCGACUUCUGCGAUUGGCACAGCCCCUUGGAAAAGGUCUUCUGCAGAGGCUCUUGUUAAACUUAUGUGCACAUAGCAUUACAAGGGUGACUCUUAUUUAUCUUUUGCUGGAUAUGAUUAAGCCUGAAGCUGAAGGGUCUGUAUGUAGACCGGCAACAUCAAAUUCCCAGAGACUUUAUGGUUGUCACUCAAAUACAGUUUAUGGCCGAUCUCAAUUGUUGGAUGGUCUUCCUCCUCUUGUGUUCCGCCGAAUUCUUGAGAUUCUGACUUAUUUGGCUACCAAUCAUUCUGCUGUUGCAAAGAUGUUGUUUCACUUUGACCCAUCAGUUAUUCCAAAUUCUUCAAGUAUGGCUUCGAUGAAUGAGAAAGGGAAGGAGAAGGUUAUCGAAGGAGAGCCAUCGCCAAAGCCAUCUGGAGCUCAGGCUGUAGACGUUCCGCUAAUCCUCUUUUUGAAGCUGUUAAAUCGACCUCUGUUUUUACGCAGCGCUGCACAUCUUGAGCAGGUCAUGGGUCUGAUUCAAGUUGUAGUUGAUACUGCAGCAUCAAAAUUAGAAAGUCAAUCCGUCUCUGAAAAAGGAAUGGUAAACACCCAAACUUUGCCAGUCAAUGAAGCCGUGGAUAAUAUCGAGAAGGAUCCUUCCUCAGUUGAUUCAGACUCUAAUAAACAAGAUAAGAAAGAUGAUACAAAUCCAUCUCAUUCUCAUGGGAGGAAAAAUGUUGACAUGUACAAUAUCUUCUUGCAAUUGCCACAAGCUGAUUUACGGAAUUUGUGUAGCCUUCUUGGUCGUGAAGGGCUUUCGGAUAAAAUGUAUAUGCUUGCUGGUGAGGUGCUGAAGAAGUUGGCCUGCAUUGUUCCUUCCCAUCGAAACUUCUUCACUGUAGAGCUUUCGGAGUCAGCUCAUGCCUUGACAGGUUCGGCUGUCAGUGAGCUUGUUACCUUGCAGAAAACAAAUAUGCUUGGCUUGAGUGCUGGCUCCAUGGCUGGUGCUGCCAUUCUACGUGUGCUGCAAGCUCUGAGUUCACUCAUUUCAUAUAAUGGUACUGGUGAUAUAGAAACCGAGAAUGAUGCAGAUCGGCAUGAAGAUCUAGCAACUAUUUGGAACUUGAAUAGUGCACUUGAGCCAUUGUGGCAGGAACUUAGUAAUUGUAUUAGUGCAGCUGAGAUGCAACUUGGUCAGAGCUCUCUCUCCCCUACAAUGUCAAAUAUAAGUGUUGCUGAUAAUCUCCAAGGUUCCUCUACUUCACCACCUCUUCCUCCUGGAACACAGAGACUCUUGCCUUUCAUCGAGGCUUUCUUUGUUUUGUGUGAAAAGCUACAAGCUAAUGAAGCCAUCAUGCAGCAAGACCAUGACAAUGCUACUGCUAGGGAAGUCAAAGAGUCUACUGGUUCUUCUUCUUCAAUGAGUGUAAAAUUUGGUGGAGAUUCACAACGAAGGCUUGAUGGUACUGUUACAUUUACAAGGUUUGCCGAGAAGCAUCGUCGACUUGCAAAUGCUUUCGUUAGGCAGAAUCCUGGAUUGUUGGAGAAAUCACUUUCCAUGAUGCUCAAGGUACCAAGGCUUAUUGACUUUGAUAAUAAGCGAGCCUAUUUCCGCUCAAGAAUCAGGCAACAACAUGACCAACACCUGUCUGGGCCACUGCGUAUAAGCGUAAGAAGAGCUUACAUUUUGGAGGACUCGUAUAAUCAGUUAAGGAUGCGUCCUACUCAAGAUCUCAAGGGGAGAUUAAAUGUGCAAUUUCAAGGUGAAGAGGGUAUUGAUGCUGGUGGUCUCACUAGAGAAUGGUAUCAGUUACUGUCAAGGGUCAUAUUUGACAAGAAUGCUUUGCUUUUUACAACGGUGGGCAACAAUGCAACUUUCCAGCCAAACCCUAACUCUGUGUAUCAGACUGAACAUCUCUCGUACUUCAAGUUUGUUGGCCGAGUGGUGGGAAAGGCUUUGUUUGAUGGUCAACUGUUGGAUGUUUAUUUUACCCGAUCUUUCUAUAAGCAUAUACUGGGUGUCAAGGUGACAUACCAUGAUAUUGAAGCAGUUGAUCCUGAUUACUACAAGAAUUUGAAAUGGGUGUUGGAGAAUGAUGUGAACGAUGUUCUUGACCUGACAUUUAGCAUGGAUGCUGAUGAGGAAAAGCACAUACUUUAUGAGAAGAACGAGGUCACUGACUACGAGCUUAAACCUGGAGGAAGGAACAUAAAGGUCACAGAAGAGACAAAGCACGAGUAUGUAGACCUUGUUGCUGAUCAUAUUCUGACAAAUGCAAUCCGUCCACAAAUAAAUUCUUUUCUAGAAGGUUUUACUGAACUAGUACCGAGAGAGCUUAUAUCCAUCUUUAAUGACAAAGAGCUUGAGCUGCUCAUCAGUGGUCUUCCAGAAAUUGAUUUGGAAGACUUGAAGGCCAAUACAGAAUAUACUGGCUAUACUGUGGCGUCAAAUGUCGUUCAAUGGUUUUGGGAGGUGGUCAAAACUUUUAACAAGGAAGACAUGGCAAGAUUUCUGCAAUUUGUGACUGGAACAUCAAAGGUUCCUUUGGAAGGUUUUAAGGCCUUGCAAGGCAUCUCUGGUCCUCAGAGGUUUCAGAUUCACAAGGCAUAUGGAGCUCCGGAUCGAUUGCCGUCGGCUCAUACAUGCUUCAAUCAACUAGACCUUCCUGAGUAUACCUCUAAAGAACAGCUUCAAGAACGGUUGUUACUAGCCAUUCAUGAGGCCAGUGAAGGCUUUGGUUUUGGUUGACUUCUAUCCUUCUCCCAUAUCUUUGCACAGCAGUUCUACCAUUAUGUCUUCAACCUGUCAUGUGGAGAUGAUGAUGAAUGUGACUCGGCUGGGCAGUUAUUUAUUUUUGUUGAGGACAGGCAGCAUCGAAUGAGGAAAUUUAUGAUGCUGUGUUCAAUUUAUUUUGGUGCUCCCUCAGUAGAAAUGGCUAGAAUAUUUAGUCUUGUCUUUUUCAAUCUCUGUAUAAUUCUGCCCGGGGUUAGUUUUGGGAUCUUAAAAUAUUGUUAUUGGAUGAUGGCCUUCACAAUGUACCAAUCUUUUGUAGUAAGCUCCAAUCGCUUUUUUGUAUGUGGCCAAACAGCCUUUCGGUAGUUCUAUAGUUCUUUCCUUUAAUAAGAUUUGAGGAUGUACAUAUUCUGGAACUGGAUUACAUUAUAAAAAUCUGGAUUACAUGGUCGAUA